AUGGUGUCACAGAUUAAGGAAUUUGCUGAUUUAGAGCAAUCGAUGGGUCAGUUCUCUACAGAUAUUCAAGAAGCACUACGAUUACAACGAGACAACGUUCGUAAUGUUAAUACACGUUUCAUAUCUGAAGUGAAUGAUCUACGUAAUCAAGCUGCAGAGCUUAAUGAGCAAUAUGUUAAAGAACAACAAGAUAUUGAGACUUUAAAAUUACAAAUAUCUACAGCUAAAGAGAAUAAUGAUAUCUCAAUGCGCAAGUACGAGGAUUACCAAAUAAGAAAAAACAAAUUGAUGCAAAUGAAAGAUAAUCUGACCAAAGAAUCUGAUGAACUGGAUGCCAUGGUAACUCAAAGAGAACAAUUAGUACAGGACUUUAGAGAAAGAUUACUAGCACAGGCCGCCAGAGAUAAUUCCGAGGUAAUAUUGUAUGAACAAUUAUUAGGAAUGACUGUAGAUGCAUCGAAAUCGGGAACUCUGGUGUUCACGUUUUCCAACUUUAGUGAAAAGAAACCUGACCAAAAAUGUUCAUUGACUUUGAAUGUUUCGGAACCCACCUUUAACAUUAUCGACACCAAUCCACCGCUAGAUCAAGAAGUGAAACAACACUUAAUAGAUGUUCUUAACAAGAGCAACAACCUAUCUGCAUUCAUCGUGAGAGUCAGAAAGACCCUCACUGCUCGUAGGGAAUGA